CCAGCUGCUGGUUAUACUUGCUUCUGACACUGUCGUGUUCACUAGCAACCCAGAAACAGACACUAUGGUGCACCUGACUAAUGAGGAGAAGGCUGCCAUCACCAGCCUGUGGGAGAAGGUGAACUUGGAAGAACUUGGUGGUGAGGCCCUGGGCAGGCUGCUGGUGGUCUACCCAUGGACCCAGAGGUUCUUUGAGCACUUUGGGGACCUCUCCUCUCCUUCUGCUAUUAUGGGCAACCCUAAGGUGAAGGCUCAUGGUGCGAAGGUGCUGGCUUCCUUCAGUGAAGGCCUGAAUCACCUGGACAACCUCAAGGGCACCUUUGCUAAGCUGAGUGAGCUGCACUGUGACAAACUGCACGUGGAUCCUGAGAACUUCAGGCUCCUGGGUAAUGUUAUUGUGAUCGUGCUGGCCCACCACCACGGUCAUGACCUCACCCCUACGGUGCAGGCUGCCUUUCAGAAGGUGGUGGCUGGUGUGGCUCAUGCCCUGGGUCACAGGUACCACUGAGCAUGUUGUCUUGAAGAAGGUCUCUCUGUUCCCUGAGAACAACUACUAAAUACAGAGGAAAUUCUGGAGUUCCUUGACCACCUGGCUUCUGCCUAAUAAAGAACAUUUAUUUUCAUUGCAA